UGAUGUACUCCACUAAUCCUCAAUUAUAUAAUCCAACGUAAGUGUCGGAAACUAAAACCCUAGAGAGAGAUUUCUUCUCCUGCUUCGUAAUCGUGUGUCGUAAGCGAGGGAAGCUUGUUCUCGAAGCUCUUCGUCUUCGAAUUUCGGUUUAGUUAGUUAGAUUCAAAACCAUGGUUGCAAGAAGAGUAUCACCAGCUCUAACUGUGGAAGAUGCGCAUUCAUACAUAAAUACUGUGAAGGAAACAUUUCAUGAUCAACCUACAAAAUAUGUCGAGUUUGUCAAGCUCUUGAAUGGUGUUCGCGAGCUUAGAGUGGAUAAAGAUAGUGUCGUUGCAAGGGUGGAGGAACUCAUGAAAGGUCAUCAAGAUCUGCUUCUUGGUUUCAAUGUCUUCCUUUCACCUGAGGCUAAGAAAGCUGCUCGUACUAAAAAGAAACUUGAUGCUGCAAAGGAUUUUAUGAACAAUCUUAAGACAAGGUUUCAGAGACUUGAUACUCAUGUAGUGGGGGCGUUUCAAGGGAUAAUGAAGAUGUUUAAAGAGGGAAAGAUGUCGGUAAAGGAGGUGCGCGAGGAGGUCAUUGAUGUUCUCUUCUAUCAUGAAGAUUUGAUUGAGGACUUUCUCAAAUUUUUAAAAAAGAAACCUGUAGCAUCAGCAUCACUACUACUACAAUUAUAACGAGAGAUGUAUUUAUAAACGAGAAUGGAGUGUAUAGUUUCUUUUGUAGAGAGAGGUUUUAGUUUAGGUCGAUGCUUCUGACAUGCACUUGUGUUUUGUUAUUAAAUCUUUGCUUUUCAGUUUCACCAAGAUGAGAUAGAAUGAGAUUUGAAUUUGAUCGUGUCAAUUAUAUUCAAUUUUAAAAAUCCAAGUCUCACAGAACUCGAAAAAAAAA